AUGCAGUUCACCAGUUUCGAACCAGCCGCACGCCACUCUGUCAUUGCCAUCAGUACCCUCUGUGAACGUCUACAAUUCCGGGAGGACAUGGAUGAAGAGAUUCUUUUGAAGGACGAUCUUUACGCCUUGCAACAUUAUAACACAGCUAUCCGUGACCUCAGGACUAUGACCUCUCCUGAGCGAAGUCCCGUUAUACUGCUGGUGUGUCUGCUGUUUAUCACUAUUGAAUUCCUACAAGUCAACCGUGAUGAGACGGUGAAACAUUUGAAGCACGGAUUCCAGCUUUUGAAAAGCACAAUCAGGGACUAUGCAUGGACUAAGGAACACUUACUGCCUCUGUUUCGACGAUUGAGCAUCUAUGCUUUCCUGCACGCGACCGAUCCUAGAGACUUUCCCAAUCUGGAAGGUCUCGAGCAUCCGAUUCCCAGCAGCUUUUCAACAUUUUAUGACGCCCAAAGAAUGGUUGACGACAUCUUCAGCCGCACCAUGCGCUUGGUGCGGAAUGGCGACCCUUAUAGAAUGUACCUAGAAGAACACCAGACUGUGCCGCCUGACCUACUCGUUGAGCAAGCCAGCCUUGCAUCAUCACUAGAUCAUGGGGGGUUUGACUUACUAUUUGACGCAUUUGAAGCCCGGCCUGCAUCACCACCGAGCGAGCCUGUCCCCGGGCAAGAGACUCUAACAACGGCGUUACGAUACGUCAUUGUGUCGCGAUACGAAUGUUGUAGGAUAUGGCUGAACACGGCGUUUGGUGACAAAGAAUACGACUACGACAGUCACUUGGCUGUGUUCAAAGCAAUGUCCACAGAAGCAGGGAUAGUAGAUCCGGAGGCUGAAACCGCUUCCAGGUCUUCCAAGAGAGAAUAUGUGCCUUCUUGCCCAGGCCGGAGAUUGCCUGUGUGA